AUGGACACUCUCGCCUGGCAGGGGGUAGUUGCAAUUGCAAGUUUGGGAGCCGCUAGAUACACUCGUGGGCUGCCAUCGCUUGUUCGUUUAAUAUGUAUAAUAACAUUAAGUGCAGCGGCCACGGUUGUAGCUUUAGUGGUCUCUGAAGUACUCACUCUCGGUGAUCCGUACGUGCGAGGAAUAUUUUGGCGGUUGACGACAGCCCUCCUAUUGGGUCUGUUGGGCUUUGCGUUUCCGGCCAUAUAUAUCUGGAAACUUGUUGAUGUAGGCAAGCGUGAAGCCUGGCGUGUUGCCCUGUUCGUUUCUGUCUAUGGCCUCUUCAUGGUGGCAUUUUAUACAAUGGCCCGGCGCCUCCCCAUGGAGAGAGAUGAUCUCACCAACAGAACCAGCAUGACGUACAGCUAUGCCCUCAGACAAGAUAUGCUGGCUUGCAUUUCGUUUCUGGGUAUCACAUUAAUGGCUGCGCUUUGCGGUGUAUCAUCCGUUUCGGCUCCGUAUACGGCUUUUCUCUACAAGACUCGGCCGGUGACAGAAUCGGAUAUAUCGCAGCUCGAGACGUCUAUUUUGUCUACAGAAGAACUUAUUACGAGCAAAGAGCUCCAGAUCAACCGUUUGCAGUUGCAGCUACGGGGUAGAGCGCACAGAUCGUCCACGAAUUUGGUCUCGAAGAUGAUUGCAACUUUUCGGCCCGACGAUGUCCAAAGAGAGCUUAAUUCAGAGCUUUCCGAACUGAAUGCACUUCAGAAGUUUCGGCUGGAUAUUAUGGAUGACCGUACGUCUGCGCUGGCGCGGCUUCACUCCCAAACCUAUGCUGCCACCUUUCGGGGCCGUGUCCACGCAGCGCUCUACGCUCUGUUUGCUAUUUAUUGUGUUUACCGUGUAUUCAAUGGUUACCUUCGCUUGUUUUGGUGGUCAUUGUCCUACCAGAACCGCGAUCCAGGCGCCGGUGGUCCUAGAGACGCUUUAGUUGUCGCUUUGGCCCGGGGAGCCCAUGGAGUCUGGAGCCAGUUCACCACUGACAACUGGGUCCGUAUAAUUGGCGCCUUGAUGUCUGCAGUAGUGUUUGCUACCUCGACCUCUGGUAUGCUUCGAACGCUUGUUCGUCUCCGGCGGGCCUUCAAACGACGAGGAUCAUCGAGCGGCGGAGAGCUCUCCGUCAACCCAAUUCUGGUUGCAAACUUUGUUGGUGUUUACGUACUGGCGAUUGCUACUGUGCUGCGACUAAACAUUCCAAAGUCCAUGUCUGGACCUAUUUUAACUGCAUUGGCAUCUCCUCUCCGCAUAGCGUCUGUCCAGCUGCUCAAUGACGUCGUGUUGUCAGCGUCGUCAACGGCCACCAUCCUGGCUUUGUUUUUGUCCUCUCGACUAGAAGACGAUGGCGGAUUCGACGAAGAAGAAAAGUACGAAUAA